AUCUCUGCCUUCUGAGCCUCACCAGGUGAUUUUUAAUUAAUUGUGACUUCUAAUCAUAACAUUUGUGAACUACCUUGACUAGAUACAGGGUAGGCUUGGAUCUGUGUUACCACUGCUUCUAUAGCUUAUAUAGCUAAAGCGGCCAUGUUUCCCAUAUCGACUUGGCUUCUGUAGGUUUUAGGUGAACUCUUAACAGGUUUUCCUUUCACGUUGGCACUGAACUGAAGGCCUUGUGCAGGCUGAGUACUUUCUACUGCUCAUUGCACUAGGUGAACCAGUCUUCAGUGAUAUUUUCCAUUGAUUUUUUGCAAGAAAAAAAGAUUGAGCAGCAAAUAGAUUUUGUAUUAAAAUAGUUACUUUGUACCCAAAAUUCUCAUUAAUAUAACUUCACUUUAAGCUUUUAAUUUAAUCUUUUACUAGUUGAAUUUUCAAAUAUUCUGGCUAGAACUUUAAUAGUUCUCUAGUGACUGAGUGAGAACCUUCAUGUUGUUUCAGCCAUUGUACAAAUUCCUUUAAUAAAUUGCAUUUCUGUUAGUGGAAAUUUAAUCUCAACUUUGACAUUUAAUACCCUUGAAGGUUGAGUCACAAAGAAUGCAUAACAGAUAGUAAAAUCGAAAUCUCAGAAGCUUUACCUUUUAGUGGGUGUUGCUAGGAGACCAUGUUUUGAUGGGAAAUUUGAGAGAAACUUGUGUUUCCUGUUAGAUGAGCAUGUGGAGAUCCCCUUCAUAUUCAAAACUGUGUCCUUUUCAGAACAAAUAACACCAGUUAUUCUUGCUGAUAGGACGAUCUUUAUUCCUACCUGUUUUACCCACCCACGACAGUGUAAUGUGAGCACUGGCAAGAGUUCGCCAUUUUAUGUUUUGCCUCCUAUUCUGCCAUGCUCGAGCUGUUGAGUGUUUUCACUGUGCGAUUUAAAAAUUGUACUGCUAGGGUUGUCAAGUGGCUGAUCAGGGAAAGGCACUGCUACCAAGCCUGACUUUGACCCGGGGCCUCACAUGCUGUCCUCUGAUUUCCAUAAGCACACUGGCUUAUGGAAAUAGGCUAACACACACACACACACCCCACAGUAAAUGUAAUGAUUCUCUUCAACCUGGAUUGCUGGCAUUCACUUUGUCUGGAUUGCUGGGAAACUGACACAAAAGAUUUCACAGGAGGUCACGUAUUAGCAAGAGUUUGUACAAAAAGAGAAGUUAGAGCGUGCCACUUGCUGCUGGAACUCUAGAACACAACCACAAUGACCCCCAGUUCCUGAAAACAGUUUUGUACUGUUUCCUUGGUGCAUGGUAUGAAGGACAGUCUUGGGUUUCCAGUCGGGAAGCUUGAGUCAGAAACAAAGACCUAUGCCGAUCGGAGGAGCAGAAAGCUAAGGAGCCACAAGAUGAUGAUCUGACCAAAGUGGAGGAUUGUAAAGAGAAGCGAGGAGCCCAAAAGACAGGAGGGAGUGGGAAGUAAAAAGCCAGGAAACCUGAAUUUGAUUUGCAGGCAAUAGAAAAUGCUAGCGUGUUCCUAAGGAAGGAAGUGGCACAGUCUAGCUGAGGAAAAGUGGGAGCUGGAUACAGGUUCUGCAACAGAGGUUGGAACCACAGCCCUCAUGGCUUUGAAUGCAACUCAUCCCAUAUCUGUGCCACGUGCAACCCCAAGCCAGGUUUAAUACAAGUAGCCUUCCCAGAGGAGGUGCUUGCUACAUAAGUGGAGGCCUGCAUUUGAGACCUGCGUUGAAGCAGUGCUCCAACAUGGAGUGGGCAUCCCACCAAUAGAAAAACAACUACAGUCCCUGUCACAUAGCCAGCGUUCUGCAGAGAACAGCAGUUCAAGUGUCUGGAAUGGCUCCAGGUGGAUGUAGUUUGGGUAAAACUUUCAUAUGGUGGGAGCAGGAUUCGUGGAACCCCUUAGUUAAUGUGGUCUCCAUUCCCUUAGUGAACUACCUCUCAUACUGUCUUCAGGACAGUCACUCGGUCCGCCUCGUGUCUACACACAGGCAUGCAGUAGAGAGCCUCGCUGUUACUGUAAUCUCGGAUGGCAGCAGGCAUUUCUAACGUCAUAAAGGAUGUUUCACUAUUACACUGAUAAUUAUCUACUACUCACAAAGCAAAAGCACAGAUUCAUAGACUUUCCCCCUCUCAUGCUGAUGGGAAACAAUGUGAUGGUUUUCACCACGAAGCUUGCUUUGUUUUGGAGCCUGUGUUAGAUCUCGUGCCCACUGCACAACCUUGCAGGUAGACACAGUGGUGCUGCAACACAGUAGCCGCUAAAGCUUCAGGCACUGGAGUCACGCCACAUCUGCCCAGGGCUCCCUGGCUGCAGUGGGAGCUGAUCUGAGCUCAUGCCUGUGCAGUUCUGCCAGGAGGAAGCCCAGGGCAGGAGCCGUGCCAGGCAACGGUUAUGGAGCGUCGGAACAAGAUGGAGUUUUUCCAGAAACUGGGUUACAGCCAGGACGACGUGGUCAGGGUGCUGAGCAAGCUGGGUGACAGUGCAUUGGUCAACGACAUACUGCAGGAGUUGAUCCAGACCGGUAGCCGUCCAAGGGCCCAGGAAGAUCCAGUCAACAGCACCGGAGUAGUGCUGAUGCCCCGGGGGUGCUGUGGGACCCGGGACUCUGCCCCACAGGGCCUGGGGCCAGGACUGGAAGAAGCUGGUGGAGACCCAGGCAGCUCCCUGCGGCCCAUAGUCAUCGAUGGCAGCAAUGUGGCCAUGAGCCAUGGAAAUAAGGAAGCCUUCUCUUGCCGGGGAAUUCGUCUGGCUGUGGACUGGUUCAGGGAUCGAGGACACACCUACAUCAAAGUUUUUGUCCCAUCCUGGAGGAAAGAACCGUCAAGAUCUGAUACCCCCAUCAGAGGUUUGGUGAUCUGGAUUGAGCCAGUUUUCCCAGGGCACGUGCUGGAAGAGCUGGAGCGGCAAGCUGUGUUGGUGUACACCCCGUCCCGCAAGGUCAACGGCAAGCGAGUCGUGUGCUACGAUGACCGCUACAUUGUGAAGGUGGCCUACGAGAAGGAUGGCAUCAUCGUCUCCAAUGACAACUACCGGGACCUGCAGAGUGAAAACCCAGAGUGGAAAUGGUUCAUCGAGCAGCGACUGCUCAUGUUCUCCUUUGUGAACGACAGGUUCAUGCCUCCUGAUGACCCCCUGGGCCGCCGUGGACCAACCCUGAGCAAUUUCCUCAGCAAGAAGCCAAGGCCCCCAGAGCCAUCCUGGCAGCACUGUCCCUAUGGCAAGAAAUGCACCUAUGGGGUCAAGUGCAGAUUCUACCACCCAGAGAGGCCACACCACGCGCAGCUGCCGGUGGCCGACGAACUCCGAGCCAAGACGCGGGCCUGGCCGGGCGGUGGCGCCGAGGAGCAGCGGCCACUGAGUGUCCGGAGCAGCCCCCCAUCAGCCAGGCCGCUUUACCGGGAGCCCAGCGCACACAGCCUCCCACCGCCAACGCAGCCCGCGACCCUGGCCGCCCUGAGCCGGAGCCUCUCGCGGCUGACCAUCAGCGAAACCCGGGCUAGCGGCGUCGCGUCCCGGACGCGUGAACCCGACUGGAUGCCCACGUCCUGGGCCUUGACAACUCCUCGCGCGGGCAGCGCUGCCACACCAAGGUCGCCGGGUCUGCGAUGCCUCCGGACUCCGAACAACGUUCUCUCCUCUGGCGAUCCUGGGACCCCAAACUGCCCUCAGGUCCAACCGCCGGACAGACACCUUUCCAGGGACAUGCACAGUGACUUGCCUCCCCAGCGCAGACCUCUGGAAGAUCCGUGGACCCUCUUGCCCAGCUCCUACCUUUAUCUGGGUCACUCGGCCUGGGCCGACUCCGCUUGGGGCAAGGACACCUUUAGAGAACCUUCGGGGUCAGCGCAGCCAGCAGUCAAUGGUGGGGGAGCACGCGCUGCUUUCUUUAAUGUCUUCUCAGCUGAUCAAGAGGACCGGGGGAUGGCCUCGGACUCUGCCCUCUCCGAUCUGGCUCUGCUCACCCUCCGGCAGAGACCCCAAAGACCUGAUGAGCGGUUGGGUGACCCUUAAGGGACAGGUUCACAACACCGCAAGGAGCCUUGUCUUGCAACUUGAAUAGGUGGGUUACAAGACGGUUGACAACCUGGAUGUAAGUCACUGUUUUUGGACCCUGUCAGUAGGAGACUUCCUUCUCAUCCUCUGUGCUGGAUACCCAUGGGGAUCUUGGUGUUGCUCCCAGGGCCUGCUGAGUGGACAGGACGAUUUCUGAUGUGUUCAGAACACAUCCGUGUCUGGCUCUAAGUGCCAACCACAAAAUGUUUCAGUGGGCCAUUACCACAAAUCAAAAAGGACACCCAAAUAAUCGAGCUGAGUUUGAUUCAAACUCUUGCUGUAUAAGAGUGUGUGUGUCUAUGUAUGAGUGUGUGUGUGUGUGUGUGUGUUUGUGUGUUUAAGACUCUAGGAAGCCAUGAGAAUGUGGGUCAUUGUUGAAAGUUUGAAAAAGACUGGUAGACAAUCUUGACUUUCGUGGUAUCAAACAAUGUUUAAAAAUGUAUUCAGGUGAUACGGGAAGGAAGGGGUUGAUGCCCAGGGUUUUCAUGUCUCCACUGCUAAGCUCACUCAUAAGGGAACCCAGCCUUCUGUACAUUUUUACUGUGUGGCUGUGAGGUAUUGUGAGUGUCCCAACAGUCCUUGAUUCUAAGGGUCUUCUUACCCGUCCUUUGUACCAUUUGCACAUGCAAUACCACACACACACACACACACACACACACACACACACACACACACACACAGAGCCUUGCUCA